UUUAGCUUUUGCUUGUACCCGUGGAUUGUUUUAGUAUUUGGUCAAAAAUAUCUGUCAAAUAAAUAAAUAAUGAAUUACUAAAAGCACGUUGACAUAUAUGUGUCAAAAUCGAAGAUGAAUAUUUCAUCUGUUGGGUAAAAUGGCGACUAAAAACCGAUGGAAAUGCUUGGAUUUUUCUGUUCUUAGUUUGCUCUCAUUUUGUGUUUUGAUUGUUCUUCUUAUUCCUUCGUCCUACGGUAAACCAGUCGACUUAUCUCCUGAGUGGAGAAGCGAAAUAUCCGAACAAGCUUCUAAUUAUGCAGAACAUGUUGCCUUACCAUUUGUGGUCAAACAACUGAAUGAUCUUCAAGUUCCCAAGGUUACCGGUGAUGUGAAGACACCACUUGGUAAAGUCAACUACAACUUGCACAACAUCACACUCUCUGAUGUCAUCAUCAAAAAAGCCAAUAUAUCACUGCAAUCUGGCCACAGUGUACGCAUGAGGGCUGAUCAGGCAUCUUUCAAGAUAGGUGCAGAUUGGAAUUACAAAGAAGACAGUUGGCCACACAUAUCUGAUUCAGGAUCAUGUCAUCUAUCAAUUGGUGAUCUGACUCUAGGGCUAUCAUUUCUUGUUUUAGAUGUGUCCAAGGGACAACAUAAUGUACGAGUUGAUGACUGCAAUUUAAGGAUUGGAUCACUUGGAAUAACAUUCCAAGGAGGAGCAAGUUGGUUGUACAAUUUAUUUUCAAAUGAGAUUGCCAAGGACUUAAGAAAGCAACUAGAAAAGGAGAUAUGCAAAGCUGCAGUGAAGAUAAUAGAUUCUAAAGCCAACACUGUUUUGGCAUCAUUACCAGGAAUGGUUGAAGCAUUGAAAGCAAUGGAAUAAAAUUCAGUAUAAAGAAAUGUAAAAAAAAAAAACAACUGGUUAUUAUCAUCAAAAUUUAUAAAUAUUGAAAAAAAUUACUAUUUUGGGUAAUAAAAAAAUGAUUUUAUAGRAUGAA